AUGAGUUCUUUGCUAACAGAAUCAAUAGCAAGUGCAAUAUCUGGAAUAAUUGGGAAAUUCUUAUGCUAUCCCUUGGAUACUGUUAAGGCCUAGUUUUAUGUAAAUUUUGUCAUAAUCAUCCAUCCCAGAUUGAAAGAAAGCCAAUUUAAAUGAAUUUAGGAGAUGUUCAGAAAACCUUCAAAUAAGUCUAUUAACAAGGUGGGAUAAAGCAGUUUUAUAAAGGGGGCUUGAUUGCUAUAGUAUGAGUAUGAUUAAUAAAGAUUGGAAGUGGCCCGGCAUUUUCCUUAUAUUUGACAUCCUAUAAAUAUUUCAAGAUGCGAAUAGGCGACAAAAUAGAAUCAAAACUCUUGUUGCAUCUAUGUUGUGGUCUAUUGGCUGAAACUGUAAGUGGGGUUUUGUGGUUACCUAUUGAUGUGGUUAAGGAAAGAUUGCAGGUUUAAAAAAGAUUUGGGUAUCAUAAUUACAGCGGAUCAAUUGAUGCAGUCUUAUAAAUAGUCAGAAAGGAGGGGGUUUUAGGUCUAUACAGAGGUUAGAUUAAUUUGCAAAUAAAUAGGAUUUGGAGCCACCUUAGGAUUUUUUGGCCCCUACAGUGCUUUAUAUUUUGCCAGUUUUGAAUAUUUGAAAGGUAUUCCUAUGGUAUUGAAUUAAAGAGUAGACUAAUAAUCAUGCUCUUCUGUCUUCUUUAGGGGCAUUCUUCUUCUCAUCUAUUUUGACAUAGCCACUUUCAGUUAGUAAAAUGAGGAUAUAAAUUUAAUCUCGAAAGAUGCUGGAAAAUCAAACUGGGGAGGGUUUGUUUAAUUACAAGAAUUAAUUGCACGGAAUUUGGAGGAUUCUAAUAGAUGAAGGGAUUUAAGCAUUAUUUAGAGGCUAUGUUAUGAGAUGCUUGUAUGCAGGUUCUUUAACCACUUUUAAUAUGACGUUUGCUGAAUUAUUAAAAAAUUAUGCAAACAAUAAGAUUUGA